AUGGGUCGCAAGUAUCUCAUUUAUUACGCUAUAGCACAUGCAGAGUUCCGGUUUCCGGAGCUUCAAUCGAUUUCAGAGCUCUUUGGGUUUCAAGUCUCUUUACCAGACUCGGAAGAAGAUCGUGAUCCUACUCGACCUUUUAUGAUCGUGGAGCUUGAUGAAGAUCGCCAUGCAAGACUGCUUGCUCAAAGAUGUAUUCUUGUCAAAGCGAUAUACGAGCUGCUCGGUGAAGGCGUGACCUAUGAGCAACUUCACGCAUCUACAAAAUCCAAUAAGAGCAUUUGGGACAAGUACCAACAGAAUUCAUUUCGUUUUGAGGUGACCGCCGUGAAUCACACUAUCCCAUCGGAGCGAAAGGUCAAGAUCAUGGAAGAUUUCGAGUACAUGGAGUUUCAGGGGCCGAUUACGCUUGCGGAUGCGUCGGUCGUGCUUACCUAUUUUGAAGAGUAUCCCAUAAAGCACACACUACGGAAAAGGACCGAGGGAGAUGGCGAUUUCGACCGUGCGUUCUUUGGGCGUUUGAUCGAAGAGGGCGCCUGUAGGAGCUUGAAGCACAAAUUUGACGUGAAGCAAAGGGUCUACUACGGCAACACGACUAUGGACGCAGAGAUCUCUCUUCUGAUGGCUAAUCAAGCGCUGGCCGCUCCUGGUAAACUUAUUUACGACCCAUAUUGUGGAACCGGGAGCAUGCUCUUUACUUCAGCAUUCUUUGGGGCGAUGGUAUUCGGUAGCGACAUUGACGGUCGGCAAAUGCGGGGGAAGAAUCUCAAUCCUCCGGGAAUAUUUCAGUCAGCUGAUCAGUAUGGCGUCCUGAAUAGAAUUCUCGACUGCUGUACGUUUGACAUUACUCGAAACCCAUUCCGGACUGGUGGUAUUUUGGAUGCCAUAGUCAGUGAUCCUCCAUACGGAGUCAGGGCUGGCGCAAAACGUCUAGGGCGGGCAAAAGAGCGACCAGUUCCACGGGCACCUCUCGAAACCUACGAGAACACGACAUCUUACGUGCGCAAGCCAUACGAACUCGGGGAUCUCACGGCAGAUCUCGUCCUACUCGCACGGUAUUUGCUCAGGCCGGGUGGUCGACUCGUUUGGUUUCUACCCACUGCAUCCGAAGAAUAUCAAGACGUGGACAUUCCUGUGUGCGAGGGAAUGGAACUCGUUGCAAACUCGGAACAAAACUUUGGUAAAUGGGGUCGAAGGCUCAUCACUAUGCGCAAAUCCACCAACUGUCCCGAAUAUCCACCACCGUCGUUUGAUCCAGCAUACAGAAUGGCAGAGUUGGGUGACCAAGCCACUGCUCCCUCUGGCCACAGAGGCUUUAGGGAAAAGUAUUUCGCAGGGUUUAAGAAAAUAGGAGACUCUUCCAACUGA